CGAUAAGGAACGAACAAGGAAAGUACUAAACAGUAGAAAGUUCCACAGUUAUUUCGCAAAAGGAGAAACGCGCGCGCCUUCGACUCUUCGCUCUAUUCUAUGCUCCUUAAAUUGCCAACUUGCAUUAAAGUUCAAAGUGGUUGUUGUUAUUUAAAGGAUAAAUCAUCGUUACACACAUUUAUAUGCACAUACAUAUGCACGUGUACAUUAUAAAUACAACGUGAAUACAUACAAGGAUAUAAUCACAAACAUAUUCACUAAACGCCUCCACUCCUUGCAACGGGGGAAGUGCGCCAUGUGGGUAGGUUGUGUGGUACGCCGCAACGGUGUACGCCAUGGAAAGUGCUGUAUAGGCGAGUAAGAAGGUGGCACAAGUGUAUUCAGUAAGCGACUGCAAAACUGAAAUGUCAUUCCAAAGCAAAAUGUGGAGAAAAUAAAAAGUGAAAAAAAAAACAAAGAAACGAAAACAAACCAAAGGAUAGUGCGAUACCUUCUAGCAAGGACUGGUGAAGUUUUGUGUUUUUUUUUUGCCUGCACGCUGGUAGUAAGCGAUAGCAAAAGCAGCCACAGCAAAGGAAAAUAUCCUUUUUCGAACGAAAUCGUUUUACGAAUAAAAGGAAAAUGAACUAAAUUUCGUUGGAAAUUUAAUAUAAGUUCAAAACAAAUCCAUUUAAUGUUACAAAAAGCGCCAGCUAUAAAGGAAUAACCAAAAACAGAAACAGCAGUAACAACUACAACUAGGCAUUAUAAACCACCAACUAUGCAUCAAGUGCUUAGCUAUGAGACAGCAGUCCGUGCCAACAGCUCCCGCGAAUACCGCGAGUACGUCACCAAGCGUACUUGCGUCAGCCUCGUGCUCACAAUCGCCUUCCUGACGCUCAUACUCGGCUAUCUGCUGGGGAACUUCGUCUCGGAGCGCAAAUAUCAAAUGCGACUGAAUAAAGCAG